AUGUCUUCUUCAAACCAAUUAUCAGUUAAUCAACGUCAUCAAAUAUGUAAUCAUCCUAGAGUCGGUUUAGGUGUUUUUGUAGUAAAAGAUGAUAAAUUUUUGAUUGGGAAAAGAAAAGGUUCUCACGGUUCUGGGACGUGGCAACUUCCUGGAGGCCAUUUAGAUUUUGGAGAAUCAUUUGAAGAUUGUGCAAAGCGUGAAGUAUUGGAAGAAACAAAUUUAAAAAUUAAAAAUGUUCAAUAUCAAGCCAUUAUUAACAUGCCAAUGUUAUCCGAUAAUCUUCAUUAUGUAGCUAUUUUUAUGCGUGGUGAGGUGAUUGACAAAAAUUCUAUGCCCAAAAACAUGGAACCAGAUAAAUGUGAGGCAUGGGAAUGGGUUACUUGGGAAGAUUUAACAAGAGGUGGUCCUGAAAGUAAAGAUAAUAAGUAUCGACCUUUGUUUCAACCAAUUAUAUUAUUAUUGAUUGAACAAAAUUAUUAUAAACCAAUUUGA